AUGGCUCACCUCCAACUUAUUCUCGAUCGUCUCAUUGUUGAAAAUCUUCAUGGGCCCAUAAAUUCUGUUUCAACUUUAAAUCAAUCUCGAAACGACGGUUCGCCAACUGAGUUAUAUGCUACGUUUCAACAUAGAGACGAUCAAGAUUUAGAUUCUGGGGAUCCAAGAUGGCCAGAUCUCUUCGUUGAAUAUUUCCUUGAUAACAGUGAUAGCAAAAAUGAUGAUUUAUUAUUCUUUGUAAGGCAGACAAGUCCUGAAAAUGAGAAUCUUGAUCCUGUAUUUGUUAAAAGAAAACCAACACCACGUGUCAUGCCAAGUCUCGAUGAUAAAGUAUUAUGGAAAGAAACUUUUUUUCUAAAUUUGAUUGUUCAAUUACCAUGUAAGUUGACGGUAGCUGUAUGCACUCGAACACCAGCUGAUAACUCAGAUGGACAAAACCAAAAAACAAGUAUGACAUGCUCAAGAAAGCAUGUAUCCAAACGUGUUUAUGCACUUCCGACUAAAUCAAGAAUGGAUAUUAAGGAGACAUCCAUGGAGUGUUCCUACCCUGUCAUUUAUUAUGUUAUUGAUGAUUAUGAGGACAUGUUUGAACAUUUGAUUGUAACUACUAAUAUUCGACGUAAUAAUAAACAUCGAAAAUCUAUGACAAAUGAGCCAUUUCCGCAAUAUAAUGAUACAAAAAUAACCUUGUUUCAAGGUGCUGCUUCUUAUACUGCUUUGUCAGACAUUUAUAAGCAGAAAACAUCAAAUAAGAUAACUAAAAGAUUCAAGAUGG